AUUUUGUUGUGGAGUAUCUGUGCAACUAGUCUGGAGCAGGAUUCCAUUCUCCUCGUAGAAUUGUUGCAAUGCCUGCGUUUGAAAUUCAAGCCCAUUGUCUGCACGGAUACGAGCAAUGCUUUUGUGGAAUUGCGUCUUGAUCAUCCGACAAAACAUGAAGGGGUGCCCGAGCCGAGAGUGCCAAAGUUCCGACUCAUUUAUGUUGCUGCCGUGUACUGCCAAAGCCUGAUGUUUUGCGACAAAGAGGUUUAGAUAGUACAAACC